UUUAUUUCAGAUAUCAGCUAUGUUGAAAAGUCAAAAUCACAUCUGUAAGUUUUACGCUCGUUCGUGCUAUAGCUAUAAAAGCCCUUUUCCGACUCUUCAUUAUAAUCGAAAACGCCUUCAAAGAAUAAAGCAGGAGCAAUUUGUAGAAGGGCCUCCCGCGUCAUGGCCGCGAUCGUUUUUCCCAAACUGGAAUUCUGUUGCUGAGUUGAGAGCAUUUGCAUUCAGAAUAGGAGAGCCAAUGAAUAUUGGUUUUCUUCGAAAUGCAUUUGUAGAUAGAAGUUUUAAACGCAUUCCAUCAGAGGAGUACAGAAUAAGAAAACUGAAAGUGGCCCCAGAAUCGGACAAUUCAGAUUUGUUCUGGAGAGGUCAGAAUAGGUUAAGGGAAAUUGUCUCCUCAUUUUUAAUGCAUGAAUACCCUUCUUUACCCAAGAAUGCAUUAGUAGCCGUUUCUAAUUACCUCCUUUCAGAGAAGGUUCUGAGUAAAAUUGGCCGAAAACUAGGUUUAGACGAUUUAAUUAUUGCAGCAGAUUAUCCUUAUAACGAUUCAGUUGUUCAUCGAUCGUUUUGUGCUCUCGUCGAAACAAUUGCUGUCAAUCGAAGCUCUCAUCAUGCAGCUCAAUUCGUUGAUGAUUUCGUGUGUAGCGAGUUGAUCACGGAAGAUAUUUUUAUGAUCUGGAAGCCGCCAAAUGCGGAGGAAGAGCUCAACAGUGUCUUACUUCAUAAAAACAUGGCAACUGCUGAGCCUCGUAAUAUGUAUGGAGCAUCUACUUGUAGCGUCUUGCCUGCAAUCUCGAUUUGUUUUUUCUCAGACAAAAAUUUUCUGGGUUCUGGAACAGCAGAAAGUAUUGAAGAAGCAAAAAAUGAAGCGGCUAUCAACUCAAUGAAGUUUUUGUUGAAUUCAAACUGGGAAAGUAAAAAACCUGUGUCUGCCAAUUUUGAUAGAGUAGAAAUUAAAGACUGAAGUUUCUCAAUUUUGAUUAAAAUGAUUGGAGUAUAAAUGCUUCUUAGUGUAACAGUGCUGAUUUUAAUUAACCCGAUGAAA